AUGGCCAUCUUGGAUAUUCUCUCUGAUCAGCUAAAAUACCUUAUCAAAGAAGGAAAGACAAAAGAGAAAGAAUUUGAAGAGCAGCUACAAAAUGCCUCAUUAGGUGUCAGUUCUCAAUUGCCCACCAAUUCUAUACCAAGGACCAAAUGUACUGAGUUGGACAACCUUUAUCAAGAAAUUUUUAACUCAGUUACAAGUGGUCGACUGGCUGUUCGGAAUGCACAGUCACCUUGUGAAUUUGAUGUUGUCGCGCUUCAAACCCUGAAGGGGCGGACUUGGUUAACCGAUAAGCUCGUUGUUGCUUGCUUACACUUGUCUGACAAAUUACCCUUUGUGCGGGUAGGAUGGUGCAUUCCGAUUCAUCAAGACAUCCAACCCGAGUUUCCAAUGCAGCAACCGUUCGAAAGAGCUUCGCUAAGCAUAGAAUCGUGGCGUAAACAAGCUGGUCAAUCACAGCUUGUAUACUUCUUCCCACUUAAUCAGCAUGGCAACCAUUUUACUCUUCUUGAGAUAAAUGAGAGAGAAGGUUACAUUUAUCAUUACAAUUCUAUGCAAGGAAAAAGUAAAGAUGUUGAGGUAUACUUUAACCAAGACUCAUUUCAUUCAACCACAGUUAACUCUUGA